AUGGCCAUUGCAAUUAUCAUCGAUUUGAUCUAUGGUCUUGUUCUUAUUUACUUCCUUUACAUAGUCGCAAGUGAAUUUGCUUUCAGAUUCUCCAAGAGAAAGUAUAAGUUGAUUAAAAGAGAAUGGAGAUUACUGGGUGCUCUAUUAGAGGAUUUCGAUGAAGUUACAAGAUCUGGGAUUCAAAUUACCCAGAAAGCCAGUACACUUUUGGAUUCAGGACCUGUCCAAGCUGGAUUAACUAUACAACUGAAUGAUAAGGAAACCGGCUGGAUAACGAAUGCAAGAAAAGUGGUUACUUGUGUUCAAAGCUUUCGAAGGUUGAGAAAGAGAAGACAAUAUCCAAUGCUGUUUUUCUAUGUCUUGGUUGAUCUGGUACCGAUGAUUGGUGUUGCCCUUGGGAUGAAAUGGCUCACUGAUGUCCUUGGGGAGAAGAAAUUAUGUGCCGACAUCUGUAGAUCACUGGAGCAGACAAGUUCCAAGGUUCGGAGUCUGCAGGACAGAUCUUAUGUUGAUGAAGUUGAAUGUAUAUCUGUCAAUUCUGUGCCACCAACAGCCCAACUUGGCUUGAGAAUUGAUCCUGAGUUGAUCAUUUCCUCUGUCAGAACCUCUGUCACUGAAAAACCAGAAGUUAAAUCCUUCAUAAUGCAUUUGCAGCUACUGCAGGCUUUCAUGAAAGAUUUGCGAAGGCUCAAAGUACUGGAAAGUAAAAGGGAGGAGUCCUGGGUGAUAGCAGCAAACAAGACCCUUGAAAAAGCAAAGGGUGCCACUAAAAUCAUUAAUAAAGCAGCAGCAAAUCAACGAAGAAGUUGGCUUUCAGAUUGCAGAAAUUGGAGGGCUGGGAGGAAGCUUAAUGGGCACAUAAUGUACUUUGACAGCAGAAUCUCUGGUCUCCUGGAAACAAAGGAAAGAUACGGUUUUAAAUUUGUCAAACGAGACUCAUCAUUGAGAUCUGCUGUACACCGCGCUUCUCAACGGAAAAGCAAUCAAUAUCAGAUCACAGAUGAUAAGGAUCUCUCUGAUUUAAACAGCAUUCGGAACCGGCUCAUUCAACUGCCAAAAACAAGCAAUAAGGUGGUAUCUCAUGUCAGCUCAUUGAGCAAGGAGCUGGAGCAUAUGCAUAAGCUGUUGGAAGAUACAAAAGCAACUGAAUAUGCGGGUAAUUUUAGAAAUUCUUGCUUGGAGCAAUUGAAGAAAAUGGUUUGUGAAGCAGAGCGGUACUCAAUAACCCACAUGGAGGACUCUGACUCAGAGUAUCUGUCUGAGAUUCAACGAAUCACAGAUGCUGUCAUUCUUCUUCAACAAUGUGUGAAAGUAUAUUCCAUUGAGGUCAGGAAGGAGUCAUGCUCGGUCGUUGGGUUUGACGAAGACAUACAUAAACUGGUCCAGCAAUUGACAGCUAACAGUGAAUUGCAUAUCAUUUCCAUUGGGGGAAUGAAGGGCAUUGGUAAGACAACUCUGGCGAAGAAAGUUUAUCACCAUGGUACCAUUGCAAGCCAUUUUAAAGUCCGACGAUGGGUAUCUAUACCUCACAUGCAUAAUGAAAAUGCACUUCUGAGAAGUGUUGGAAGCCAGAUUGUGAAGAGCGAAGAGAAAUGGACUGCAAAAGAUUUCUGGAUCAAGAACGUGCGUGAUUUCUUGAAGGAGAAGCGAUACCUUUUAGUUUUGGACAAUGUCCCAUCAAAGGAAGUCUUGGAUUCUCUUAAAGCAGCAUUAUUUCCAGAAAUGAUGAAUGGGAGUAAGGUGGUGCUAACCACAAACAGCAAGGCCCUGGCUUUACAUGUUGAUACUGAUCAAAAUAGUACUCAAUAUCCAAUUCGGCUACGAACCCAAGAAGAGAGCUGGGAAUUUUUCACCCAGAUGGUGCACAUUUAUUCUGAUCAAGAAGAAACCAAUGCAAAGAAACUUGUAGCAAGAACUGGAGGCUUACCACUUGUGAUCUUACGUCUUGGGUAUCUACUGUCAAGGAAGAAAGUGACAGCUGAGGAACUGUCAAGGCUGCUUGAUCGUAUCACUCAUGGGCGGAACCAAACACCAUGGUUAGAUACUCUAGCACUAAAUAAAAAGGAUUUGCAAGAAGGUCACUUCGAACUCUUCCCUGGUGAGUUUGAAAUCCCUGCAAGGAGAUUAGUGGCUUCAUGGAUUGCAAAAGGGUUGGUGGCAGAAGAUUUUGCAUUCGAUCAUCUCUUAGAUUUGAUCAACCGCUGUAUGAUUCAAGUAGUUGAAAGGAAGCCUAAUGGGGAUGUCAAGACAUGUCGCUUGCCUUCUGCGCUUCGGGAACUCUGGUUGCAAGACAAAGGCAAUAGCAGCAAAACAUGCUCAUGGUCCCAAAGUACAAGUCCAGACCAGCAACUUAUUGCCUAUCACUUUGAUGAUAAUGAUGCCAGUUUCAGUAGGAUCAAUGGUCUCAACAUGAAUACGCCAAAUGUUUUGCAGAAUGGCAAGUAUCCCCAAUCCAUUCUUUUCUUUGAUACUCGAGAAGGAAAUAAACCAGGAGAGGAGAUAGGUUACUUUCUUCGCAAGGGUAUUGCUGGUAGUUUCUUUCAGCAGCUGCUGGUUCUUGACCUGGAGCGUGUAUUCAGACCUCAAUUACCGACUACCAUAGGUAAAUUAAAGAAGCUGAAAUAUCUAGGCUUAAGGUGGACAUACCUAGAGGAAAUGCCAGCAUCUAUAGGCAAUUUGGUGGAACUCCAAACUCUAGAUUUGAAGCAUACUCGUAUUACAAUUAUCUCAAGUUCAAUUUGGAAACUGAAGAACCUUCGGCACCUGUACUUGAAUGAGAAUUGUCGAAUCAAAUUUAGGUCCCUAACAGCUGCCAUUUCCAUGAGGGAACUGAAGACACUAUCAGGUGUAUUUCUAGAUAAGGGGAAUCUUGUGAAGGAUCGACUCGACAAGUUGACCAACCUUCGAAAGUUGGGAUUGACAUUCCAGCUGACGCAGCCAGAGCAAAAGGUCAUAGCAAGAUGGAUUGUGCAGCUGAAUGACUUGGAGUCUUUGAAGUUGGCAUCUAUUAAUGAGAAGAGUGCACCUCAACUUCUGAGAUUGAAACCUCUUUUACGCCUCAAGAAACUGUCCACCCUAUACUUGUCUGGAAAGCUUGAAAACCCAUCCAUUGAACUCCCUGAAAGUCUUAUUCAUCUUACCUUAUCAGCCUCUGGAAUUGUUAAUGAUCCAAUGCCAAAGUUAGGGAAGCUUCCAAAUCUCAAAUCCCUUGCUUUGAACUCUGAUUCUUAUCAAGGAACAGACAUGGUUUGCUCAGUGAAUGACUUUCCCCAGCUUUUUGUUCUCAAGCUUUGGAAACUAGAUACUCUAAAAAGAUUGGUUGUGCAAGAAGGAGCAAUGCGGAAUCUUAGGGAGUUGGAGAUUAGAUCCUGCAGGAUCUUGACAUCUACUUCUGGAUUAACACAUUUGAAGAUCCUACAGGAAUUGAAGUUAACUAAUAUGCCUAACAAAUACACAGGCCAUGUGGAAAAUGACUUUGCAGAAGCUGUGCUACGGUCUGCUGGCAAAGCUAUUCACUGUCCUGCGAUCAAAAUUGAUAAUUGGUAG